AUGUUCUCACGACGCCGACCGGGAUCGGGAUCAGGAUCCUCUACAUGCGAACGCGCACCCACCGCCACCCACCCAACUACCCCAUCGGUUAACCCAGAAGCUCAUCAGACCGAACAUGCCCUCGGUUUCACCGAUAUCUAUGGGACCCUAACACCCCGUCAAAUCAGCAUCAUCACAAUUGGAUCGGCAAUUGGAACGGGCUUGAUGGUCGGUACUGGAAGAGCCUUAACCAUGAGCGGCCCGGCAUCGAUCAUAAUCUCAUAUACCAUUGUCGGAUUCGCGGUUUACCUUGUACUCUCGGCUUUGGGUGAGGUAGGUUCAUGGCUGCCAAAACCGUGUACCGUGGCAGAUCAAGCCGUACGAUUUUGCGAUCCUGCGCUUGGGUUCAGCUUAGGCUGGAUAUUCUGGCUGAAAUAUGCCCUUGUCACCCCGAACCAGCUUACUGCUGCAGCGCUGGUGGUCUCCUAUUGGGUUGAUGCUGAGCGAGUCAAUCCUGGUACCUGGAUCACGAUCUUCCUUUCGGUCAUCGUGGCUCUCAAUUUCAUCAAUCACCGCCUCCCGAGCAAGAUUGAGUUCUACGUCUCGUCAUUCAAACUCGUCGUUAUGCUCGGACUCAUGAUCUUGUCCACCGUCAUUGCGUUGGGCGGAGGACCGGACCACGAGAUAAGAGGGUUUCGGUAUUGGUCAUACCCCGGUGCGUUCGGCUCUCAUGGUCUCCAAGGCCAUUCUUUGCUGGAGAAGUUCCAUGUAACAUGUUCGACAAUGUCAUCCGCCACAUUCGCAUACAUCGGAAGUGAGCACUCUGGCAUGGCCUAUCACCCGGACGUCCGAAGAGCUACGUCGAGGGCCAUCCGAAAUACCUUUUACCGAAUCAUGGUAUUCCAUCUUGUGGCAAUCACCCUUCUCGGCAUGAUUGUUCCCCAGGACACUAUACUCGUGGCCUUCAAUAGCGAGGCAUCAGAUGAAGCCGCUGCAUCGGCUUUCGUCGCAGCUUUGUAUCUAGCAGGUAUCUCCGUACUACCUGACCUACUGAACGCAUGCAUACUGCUAUUUGUCUUGUCUAUUGCAGACUACGACCUCUACCUUGCCACAAAGGCAAUGUGCGAUCUUUCAGUGAGGGGUCGUGCCCCUGCUUUUCUGUCACGCACUACCAAGAGAGGUGUCCCAAUCUACGCUUUGGCCAUCUGUUCCUCAGCAGCAACCCUAGCCUAUCUCAACGUCCAUCAGGACUCAACUGUCGUCUUCGGAUAUUUCGUGGACAUGGUCACCAUGCUUGGUCUCCUCACAUGGUUCUCCAUUCUCGUCACCCACAUAUGUUUCGUUCGAGCACGAAAGGCCCAGGGUAUUCCCGAUAAGUCUUUAGCUUUCAGAGCUCGCUUCGGUCUACCUGGGACCUGCUUGGCUCUGAUCCUCUGCCUAUUCAUCUCCGUCACCAUUGUGUUCGACUCUUUUAGUUUUGAGUCGGGCGUUCAGAAACUCGAUGUUAAGUCCUUGGUUGCUUCGUACAUCGGCGUUCCUGUCUACGUAAUCUUGAUGGUUGGCUACAAGCUUGCUGUUCAUAGCAAGCAUGUUAAUCCCAAGGAGGCUGAUUUGUGGACAGAUAAGGAUGAGCUGGACAGUGAGGGACGGCCCGGACGGGCGGGGAGCAUGGGCCACAGAAGCCGAUCGGAAUGA